AUGCUUGUUGUCGUUGCUCUCGUCGCUUUACUCGCCACAGUUUUUACCAAAAUUGUAUUAGCUGAAAACUCACAUUCCGACGAGUAUGAUGAUGAUGAUGGCGCCGAAAACGCCACCGGCUAUACGACAAUGGAAGGGACUAUGGUUUACAACUUGACAGGCAAUGCCUCACUUUCCGAAACGCAUCCUUAUCCUAUGCCUAUGUCGCAGGGAGUAACCGUCGGAAUUACCGGCCUCAUCGUCGCCGGCGUAAUUUCUUUCGCCGGAUACAAACUGUACAAAAUGUACCAACAUCGUCAAGAAGAUGCACACUUCGAUAAUAUCGUGAGACAAGGAGAGCAAGAAGCACGCGCACAAGUCGGUGGCAUCGAAAUGCGAAAUCUGAAUUAA